UUCUGUUGCCUGAUAAACAGCCUGCUGGUCCUCUCGCUCUGAUGCGGUCAGCAUCUCCGGCAGCCUCUCCCCCUGCACAUCCCCAGGCCCGGCAGACGGGGGUCGACUGAGAGGGCCGAGGACCGGCUGUCUCUCCGGCCGUCCACCUGGCCCAGCCCGGGCCCUGCGGCGGAGCGCGGCCCUCCCCACCCGCCUGGAAGACCCAGUCGGGGCGGGGAGGGGGCGGCCCACGCGGGAAGAGGAUGUUCACGGCCAAGUCCAACUCGGUGUCGCCUUCCCCGUCCAUGGAGCAGGCGGACGCGGACGCGCUGGACAUCAACACCAAGGUGCAGCUGUACGGCGUGCUCUGGAAGAGGCCCUUUGGCCGGCCGUCGGCCAAGUGGUCCAGGAGGUUCUUCAUCAUCAAAGAGAGCUUUCUGCUCUACUACUCCGAGAACGAAAGGAAGAGCUUUGAAAGCAAUAAAUAUUUCAAUAUUCACCCUAAGGGUGUCAUACCUCUGGGGGGCUGCCUCGUGGAGGCCAAAGAAGAACCCAAUAUGCCCUACGCGAUGAAGAUAUCCCAUGAGGACUUCCACGGCAACAUCAUUUUGGCAGCAGAGUCUGAGUUUGAGCAGGCGCAGUGGCUGGAGAUGCUGCAGGAAUCUGGAAAAGUGACCUGGAAGAACGCUCAGUUGGGAGAAGCCAUGAUCAUGAGCCUGGAGACCCAGGGGCUGCAGCUGGCCAAGGAAAAGCAGGAGUAUCUGGACAAACUGAUGGAAGAGACUGAAGAGCUGUGUCUGCAGAGAGAACAGAGAGAGGAGCUGGAGCGACUCAACCAGGUGUUGGAGGCCGAGAAGCAGCAGUUUGAGGAAGUGGUUCAGGAGCUGAAGAUGGAGCAGGAACAGAUCAAGAGGGAGCUGGAGCUGACCGCAAGCUGUCUCAAGGGCGUGGAGCAGGAAAAGAAGGAGCUGAGAAGCCUGACGGAAUCCCUGCAGCGGACGCUGGGGGAGCUCUCCAUGGAAAAGAAGAGGACCCUGGAGCUGCUGGAGGAGACCGAAAGGCAGGCGGAGUCAAGGCCCGACGAGGCGGACCGUGAGCGGCAGCGGCCCCCGGGCGCGGGUCUGCACAGCAGCCUCCAGCAGAUCGAGGACCGGAUGCAGAAGCUGCUGGAGGAGAAGCUGCUAGCAGAUAGGAGGAUGAAGGAGAACGAGGAGCGCUCUCACGCCCUGGAGGAGGAGAGGGAGUUUUACUGGAGUCAGGCCCAGGCUUUGCAGAGCUCGCUCCAGGAACUGACCGCCGAGAAGCAGCAGACGGAGCGGGACCUCAAGGCUGAGGUGAAGGUCCGCAUGGAUUUGGAAAAGAGGCUGCGGGAGGCCGAGGGGGCCUUGAGGAGCCUAGAACAAGGCCUCAACUCCAAAGUCCGCAACAGAGAGAAGGAAGAGAAGAUGAAGGCCGACGUGAGCCACUUGAAAAGGUUUUUCGAGGACUGCAUCCGGAACGCGGAGCUGGAGGCCAAGAUGCCGGUGAUCAUGAAGAACUCCGUGUACAUCCACAAGGCCGCCACCCGCCGCAUCAAAAGCUGCCGCUUCCACCGCCGCAGGGCCAGCGCCUCCUGGAAUGACGUGAAGCCAUCUCAGUCGUUCAUGGCGUCCCAGCUGGAGGCCAACAACAUCGAGGAGCUGAAGGAGGUGGCGAAGCGGCUGAGCCGCGACCAGCGCUUCCGGGAAUCCAUCUACCACAUCAUGGCGUCCCAGCCGGGGGCCCCCCGCCGGGCCCCCGCCCCGACCUCCCCUAGGGAGGGCGGUGACCCCUUCUCCGUGGUCCGUCCCACCCCAGCCGACCGGUCCUAGCUCCGCGGGCGAGGGGGUCCGGCCCCUUCCUCCCCUCACCGGCCCCUAUCGUCGAUUGCUCCCCCAGCCAUGUACCCACAGCCCGUGGGCCCCGUCCGGAUGGCGUCUCUCCUCUCUCUCUGACCUCCGGCCCUUUCCCCAGUGGUUCCCGGCGGCCCCGGGCUCUGGGUCUGAGACGACUGAUUCCUCCUGGCCAAAUCCGGCUGGGCCUCCGUGGAGGUCAGACUCUGAGCUCCGACUUGCUGCCUCCGUGCCCCCCUCCUGGGCUGGACCCGGGUCCCUAAGGGAGGGUCAGCCCAGUCGGGGCCGGGGCAGGGAUGGCCACACGAACAGGAACCGAGCUGGGUUUCCGGGUUGGACUCUGCAGUUGGGUCAGUCAGCAGGAGAGGCCAGCCUCCUCUUUCCUACCACCUCACCUUCAAGGCUGUGGAGGGGGGCGGGACCCAGCCACCGCCCUCUGGGGCAGAGUGACCAAGAGCCCCGUGGGAGGGCACUGGAGGAAGGCGGGGAGUCAGCUGGGCAACGGGAGAGGCGGGCACCUCUUUCCUCCCUCAGCCCCUGGAGCUCCAGGGGAGGUGACUAUUCUGACACCAGGCCGAUCCUCCCUCCGGGGUGAUCCACUGACCUCUGGUCCUCCGCUCCAUCUGGUUGGUCCAGGCCACCCAGCCGAAGAGGGCGAGCCUGGGCUCCCGGCCACGGGAGUUGUUAGGGCUACCGGGGAGGUGGGCCUGAAACCAGGACCCUCGUCUUCAAGGCCUCCAUGGGCACCCAGGCAGCAGGUGGAGGGAGGGAGGGAGGGUCCGUCCUCUUCGACAAGGCCCAACGCCAUCCGCUACCGUCCUUGUGUGUCUGCAUGGUUCUGGGCUGGACUCUCGGGGGUCAGCGGCGAAACCCCUCACCUGGGUGACCGGGGAAGCCCAAAUCUGGCAUCAGCCAGGGAGCAUCCCCAGGCCUGAGACCCCUUCCUCUACCAUCCACUCCCCACCUGGCUACCAGGUGACCUCCCUUACCCAAUCAAUCAAUCCAUCAACGGUAUUUAUUGAGCGCUUACUGUGUGCAGAGCACUGUACUAAGCGCUUGGGGGAGUACGAUGCAACAGGAUUAAGCCACAGACACCCACCUAAUGUGCCAACUGGUCCGGCAGUAAGCGUCCCUGCGCCGACUGUAUUACAGACUGGCCACUGGCUGUUUUGGGCAAGGCCUGGCCGCGGGCCUGAGGUGAACGAUGGGACCAGCGAGCUCCGGCUUGGGGGAAUCAGUCGUGCCAAGCCAAAAAGCAGCACGGCCGAAUGGCUAGAGCCCGGGCCCGGGAGUCAGAAGGUCAUGGGUUCUAAUCCCCGC